UGUGAAGAGAUUGUUGCAUAUUACAGAUCUAAUUCACUUUCGCUCGGAACCCGAAAAUGUGUUUAUCAUUUAAUUCUUUUAAGAGAUCAAAAUGCUUCCUUUCUUGAGUUACCGAUAACGCAUGCAAAAAUGUAUAUAAACCCUGCACAUUGAAGCAAAUUUAUUUGGAUUUGAUCUUCACAACGGAAACUACCGAAGACUGAAUCGCAAUGGCUCUGUUCAUCAUCGUCACGGUGGGGCUGCAUCUUCUGUUUGCUCGGGGACAACAUAUAGCAGAGUUUGAUCUCAUCAAGGACUUGUCUGAACAAGCUCAACCGCUGCAUAUAAGCACCCCGAUCAUCGAGCAUCUGCAGAAACAGAUAAAAGAUCUACAAACAACUGAUCAACAGCAGCAAAAGCAAAUAGAGGAACUGCAACAGUCGAGGUAUGACUGUGAGGAUGAUGCUACCGAAAACAGCACUAACCUUUCGGGUCGUCGAUGGGGAUACGUCGCAUUUACUGCUGUGAGAGCCAACACAUUGUCGCACAUCGGCCUGAAUCAGGUCAUUCCUUUCGAAACCGUAAUUUACAACAGAGGCAGGGCGUAUGACAAUUAUCAUGGUUUGUUCAUAGCUCCCAGAGCUGGCAUCUACUUGUUCUCCGUAACGAUCUUACACAUGCCUCAUGGUCAAUCAAUGCAUGCGGGAAUCAUGCUCUCUGGCAGGACGAUAGCAAAGGUACACGCGACAGGAGGAGUCUGGGACGAAGGCAGUCAGACGGUGAUUGUUCCAGUGAGAGAAGGCGAGAAGGUCUGGGUGCAGAACCAAGAUUACACGAAUCAGCACGUAUAUGGCGAUUUGUACAGCUCGUUUUCAGGCGUUCUGCUAAAGCGAUUUUGAGGAGGAAUGCAUUCAAUGGAGAAAAACAUCGGGCCUGUCUACAAGCCUAUGCAAAACACUGAUUUUUUAAAGUAACAUCCAGAAAUCCGUUAUGCUUUAAAUUAUUUAUAAUUUAAAAUUUGGAUUGCCUCAAUAAGCUAGAACAAUGGUAAGUUGAAAUAUUCUGUUAAUAGAAUGUGUUUAUUAUGGCUUACCAUACUAUGAUUGCACAAUAUUUUGCUCGAUAAUUCGGACCCAAAUAUAAAGAUCUUACUCCAACCAGCUGUGUUUUGUGGUUUUACGUUUUCGCAUGCAUACUUUCUGUUUGUCUAUUUAUCAGUAUAAUCUUAAAUCCUGUAUGUCCUAAAUAAUGUAAUUCCUAGCUAUGUUAUUAAAUAAACCUUUUACAAUA